CAACUGGGAAAUAUUCAGUUGUUGUGAGUGGCAAAGGCAAGGCAAGUGUCGGCGACAGGGCGAAGAUGACAGUUUACGGAGUGCGAAGAAGAGGUAGGAAUUGAAAAUAAGCAGCGGAUGCUCUUGUUAUUAGGGACUUUAAGAUCCAACGUCGCGGACGGUAACGAGAACGUCAAAAAAACAAUAGGUCUUAUUAGCAAAACAACAACUUUGCACGUGCACCAUGCUUUUUUGUACAUUUCUCUGCCCGUUUUUGCACGACCACGACGUGAACAUGCCCAUUUUCGCGUUUUAUGGAGGACGUAAACAAGCAACGACGAAAUUUUAUUUCUCUUACUGUACUUGGAUAUGGUGCCUAGGAAUUCAACUCCAGGAGGGUUCGCCUACAUUUGACAAAGUGAGUGGGUAACAAUAAUUGCGAUAAAGACUGAGAGAACGCAAAUUCAUUUUUUAAGCGACGUUCUCAUUGCCGUCGCGUCGUUGGAUCUUAAAGACCCUUUUAGCGGAGCUCUCGCGCGCGAUGCGCGCGCAACGGAGCCCCAUGGGUAAGAAAAUGUGGUAAUCUAAACCCAUCCGAGAAAAUUUGGUAAUCAAGUGACCGUACGUCCGACCGUCUGUCCGCGUCACAGGCAUACCAAUGUAAAAUAACUCAAUCAACAGGUAUGGCAACCCAAAUGCAACUCGAGGUUAUUUUGGCGGGAAAUCGAAUAGCCACCAGCGUCUUGUAAAGCAGAGGCAACUAAGGAUUCAAUAAAGACGAAAACGGAAAGCGGAAUUGUUUCUGUAUCCGUGUUUUCUAAAGUAUUAAGCUUAGAUUAAUUGUCAUGCCCGCAAAUUUGGAAUAUAGAGCAAGAGAAAGACAGAAAAAGAGAAAGUAGGCGGCAGGCCAGCGAAACUCAACGAGGAAAGGAUCGACAGAGAUCUGGAGUGAGAGAUAAAAAGCAAAGGAGACUUUUGUUUUACGUCCCUGUGUUUCUUAAGCAAUCCGAAGUUGUCCCUGUACCAAAAUGUUCGCCACCCAAAGUAGUUGAACAAGAUCCUCGGCCUAUUUCUCUCACGCCCCAUAUUGCAAAAGUCAUGGAAGGGCUUACGCUGGAUUCCCUCUUGAAGCAAGUCUGUGACAAGCUCGACACCCACCAGUUUGCCCUGGCCGGGAAGUCCACAACUGACGCUCUUGUUUUCUUCCUCCAAGUCAUCCUUGAGGCCCUUGACCAAGGUGACACUUAUGCACACAUCUUCUUUACUGAUUUCACUAAAGGUUUUGAUUUAGUCGAUCACAAUAUCUUUAUCCAAGAAAUGGAGCUGCUGGGCGUGCAUGAGGCCACUAUCAGAUGGAUCGGCUCUUUAUUAACGGACCGUUCACAAAGAGUGCGAAUUGGUCAGGUUUAUUCGCAUCCAGUUACACCGAAUGGGGGAAUACCACAAGGAACAAAACUCGCGCCAUUGCUGUUCGCCAUAUCAGUGAACAAUCUGUGUAGGGACUGGAGAUAUAGGAUUAAAUACGUUGAUGACACCUCGGUAUUUGAAUCUAUUCCUCGAUGUUUGCCUAGCUACCUUCCAUUUAUGGCCAAUAAUAUUAACACCUACGCUUCCAUGCGUAACAUGCGGCUUAAUGAGAAAAAAUGUAAAGAUAGCGAUAUCAAUUUUUUGAAGUAACCCACUGCUAUAACACCGAUUCAGCUUAAUGGUAUAGUCAUUGAUAGAGUAUCUAGUUAUAAACUCUUGUGGGUUAUUAUCUCUAAUGACCUCUCUUGGAACGAACAUCAUGAGAGUAUCCAUAAAAAAGCUACUGCGGACCCUCAAGAGAGUUGGACUGGGCACUAACGAUCUCGUAUUAGUCUACUGUAGUAUUGUUAGAUCCAUUGUUGAGUACGCCUUGCCAGUUUGGGCUGCGAUCCCCUUUAUAUCUGGACGAGUUAAUUGAGUCUGUACAGCAGAAAGCUCUCAAAAUAAUAUUUGGCCGGGUAGACUAUACGGAAGCCUUGGUCUUGGCCGGCCUGGAGUCUCUUUGUGACAGGAGAGUAGGAGCUUGUAAGCAGUUUAUGGCUACUGCACGCCAAAUGCCCCCCCCCCACCCCCCCUUAAGAACAUCAUCCCCUCCCCUGCCGCUAUUGAGUCUCAUUACAGUAUAAGGGUCCAACUUCCAAGACGUCAACAUGGUCAUACCAGAAGAAUUAAUGACUUUGUUACUGCAAGUGGGUGAAAUAAACAGAAUAUCUAUCUAUCUAAGUGUUGUUUUACAGAAAGAGAGAAAUUAUGUUUUUGAACGAAACGCGACCGUUUAGGUUUAAAGCAUGAAAUUACCACAUUUUCUUGACUCAAGUCAGCUAAAAGAACCUUAUCACAAGUUGAAAUUUGUUGAUGUCUCUAUUACUGUUAUUAGUGAACUUACGCUACAGGACGGGAGAGGGAAGAAGAUGGAAAACAUUGUUUGACAAGCGUGACAAAAACAAUUUACCUCAAACCUCCUCCUCCUUUUAAGGUGGCUCCGUCAUUGAUACUGGAGCAUUUAGCUGUGACACAUUUUCCGUCAUAACUUUUUCGUUUUUAACUUGAUGGCUGCGAAACUUUGCAAAGAAGAACAGAUAUCAUUCGGCAAUAGUACGAAAUAUUCCGAUUUCAUUGGUGGUAAAUGUUUCUUGAGAAAUGAGCGCUUACAGGGACCUUACUGUUCAAAGAAAAUCGCGUCUAGUAAAAAAUUUUGCUGAUACUUUCUACUGACAUUUCUGGAAUCGGCUUUUAUUGAUACUGUAAUAAAUAUGCCAGAGAAAUUUCAAAAAAAUCCUUAGAGCAGAAGUCCAUGACUAAACGCCGCUCAAAAUUCAGCUGUGAAAUUGCUUUGAAAUUUCAAAAAUAAAUUACUAUUAGGUAGAAGGAGCCACCAGUUCGAAUUUUCGGGACAAGUAAAUUCAGUGUUUGCUUAUUCUUAAAACAAAAGCUGAUUGCCUAUAUAUCGUGCUAUUCUUUAAAAGGUACUUUUAAACAAAACGCAGUAAGGUAGGGAAAGGAGACAUAUACGUUGUACUUCGCAUUGGCGCAAAAUUAACCAUUUCAGGGAAAAUCAACGAGAGACUCUAGUUAGGGCUAAAAGAAAGUGAAAUUUAGCCGAUUCCCCCCGUUGAAUGUUACUUCACUGGAGUGAUCCCCCCUAAUAAUAUUUGAUGACUUUCGUGAUCCCCCCCCCUCCCCCAUUGUCUUCAUUUUCCAAGCAAAUUUGAGUUUUCCUCCCUCUGAAUCCUUCCAACGUUUUCAGCGAUCCCCCCUUUUGUUUGGGUUCUCAGUUACGACUGAUCCCCCUUUUUGUUCUCCUAAAAAUCAAGUGAUCUCCCAAAAUCCUACGCCCCCCUCCCCCCUCUCCAGGCGAUAAAUGAUGACCGAUCCCUUAACAAGGUUACUCCCAACUGGCUAGAUAUAAACCAGCUGCCUAUUUAUAAGUGUGGCCGAGGAUUUGAACCCUGGACUAUCGCGAACAAAUCCAGCUGGCGGUCAUGGCUGGACUUGAACUCGGGGUCUCCAAAUUGCAAGUCCAGCGCUCUAAUGGCUCAAUCACGCUGCCCCCUGUCGUUGAUUUUCUGGGAAACUGCACACCUACCCCUCCCCUAAAACAACAUGAACACUUACCUCUCACUUAGGGCAAAAUGUUGGCUCAGGGGAGGGGUGGGUGGGCAGUUUCUUAGAAACGUGUAAUGAUCCGAUGUUUUUGCUGUUAGUGACCUUUAAUUCGAGGACGGGAACAACUACGACUACAGGGACGAGAGUAAAAGGGUGAAAUAAGGGGAUGACUUGAAAUAAGGGGAAAAAGAACAGAAAUGAUGGAAAUACACAUUGAUUUUUACUUUUCGAUUGAUAGGGUACUCUACGCAUACUUCCUCACGGACAACAUCAACCAUCACUGGCCCAGGUAAGGUAUAAAAGAAGCAGGUUUGAAAUCUACAAAUGUCUGAUUCUUGUAAGAGGCAAACUCUCCCGAGCUUUUCGAAGCCAUAUUCUCAAACCAAGAAAUGAUUACAGGGUCCCUUUCUUAAGUCGUACUCCGUCAGUAUCGUACUCAGUCGUACUUAUGCAGUUGUACGUCAGUCGUACUCAGUCGUAUCGUAUACGGAGAGUACACAAAGCUAUGUAUAACGAUGCUGAGGAGUGUGUGUGUGUGUGUUUGUAAGAGGGGGGGGGGGUGUUAUCGUCGGAAACACACACACUCCUUUUUUUUAGGAUUCUGUUUCAUUAAAACAAAAUCUCUAAAAUUCAGUCUGCAUAUCAACACAAAUUCUUCGAUAUCCACACAAAUUCUGCAAUUCAAUGACUAGAAUCACACGUUUUGAAAGUGAAUUUUGUGUAUAAGAUAUGUACAGACUUAAAACACAAAUUUGGCCCCAGAAACCAAAGAAACCCUGGCGAAAUCGCCUCUUAAAUCUGUUAAAGCAACACUAGUAAAAACCCGAAUAUAAGAACCUACAGGCUGAAAUGUGGCAUUUAAAUACCCAAAAAUAUGGGAACCCGUUUAGCCUGGCAAAGAAAUAUAGGUUCUUAUACAAAAAAAAUCACUCCAAUUUUGAUGGUCAAAAAUCUGGAUUUUAAUUGUGUGAGAAACUUCUCACAAAAAGCUAUUGUGUACAUGAUUUCUUUGAUUUACAUUUGUUUGGAUUUUUACUAGAAAUAUGUUUUCCAUAAACCAUGAUGUCUUACUAGUACAAUAUUUCUGCCAAUGGUUACACUAUGACAACCUCUGAAAAAUAAGAACACAUUAGGAAUGAACCUAAUCGGCCUGAAUUGUGUAAAGCUACCCCAAAAUGUAAGAACCUGUUUAGCCUGACCUCGAAAAUUCUAGGUUCUUGUAUGCCGGCUUAUGCUGUAUUUCAAUAUUUCAGCGGUCGUAUUUAACUAAUUUCUAACCCUUUUUUUUUUUUCAGGACAACCGCUUAAACACAUUCCAUCUUAUGUGCUCAGCCAAGUUGUUGAGAGUCUUAACCUCCCCAGUCCACUAGGAAAUGACUGGAAGGGUGUUGCCGGAGAGAUGUUGUUACCAUACAAGACUGUGAUGAGCUUAGAUCAUCACAGCUCUGAAGGGAUGAUGCAAGGGAUACUUCGAAUCAUGUUCGAGAAGAAAUUUACAGCGGGGGACUUUGUAGAUCUUUUACAGAAAAUACAAAGACCUGAUGUUAUAGAAAUUUUCAUUGAAGCUGGAUUCCCAAGGAACAGUAUCCGUGAAAAAGAAAAUGGUGAGCAGUACUUUUAAGAAUUUGGAAUGCAGUGAACCACAUAACGCACACUAAAACUCUUAGCUGUUUCUUCUUUUCAGAUUUCUUUGCGUUAUGAUGAGCGUAACAGGCAUUAUUUUUACGUAUAAAUAAAGCAACUUCAUUGGAAGGUUGGCACUAUGAACCUGACCAAGUCCAGUUAUCCAAGUUGAAAUGUUGGCGUGAUCACUACAAAGUUGAGCCUAAGCUGUCGCAUGUCUUUUCAUAACUUGUACAGUUUUCUCCCCAAAAAAGGUUUACUGUCUUCUGAAUGCGAUGUAAACAAUGAUUUAGACAAGCUUUCAUUCAAUCUUUCAUCUCUUUUUAGAUGAAGAGGAUUCCCACAGCUCCUCACAAAAAGUUACUAUAACAACACCUCAAAUUAGUAGCCUUACCACAAGAAGUGUAUGCGCAAGAAACGACAAGUCAUGCGAUAACAAGAAGGCCAGUGAAGACAACAUCCAUGAAGGAUGCGAAAUAAGUAAUGGUGCAGUCUGUCAACAUUAUCCGUGAAGAAGUUGUCGAGACUCAAGAAAGAAAUUCAACGGGAACGGACAUUGAAGCAAUGUCGUUGAAAGAACAUAGUCCAGUAUACUCUUGUAUUCAUUGAUAGCAUGGCUAGUUUUCUACUUAACUUGAAGAAAAAUUAAUUGUUAGAUUGAAGGAAUCAUUUGCGUUAUCUAUAUAAGAUUCCCACAUGCUUGAACGUUUUUUUUUUCCAUUUCUUUAGUCCUAUCUUUUUGGUGUUGACUUGGCAACUUUGUAGUUAUUAAACCUUAUUUUAUACUUUGUUGUAUUUAACUCCCAUGACCGACUACAGAAACGCCAUUUUCAGAGAACUG